CGCGCUGUCAUUGGUCCACAAAAUUUCAAAAUGUUUCUGACUGCUCCAUAACGCCAAGUUAAAAGUUGUUAUGGCGUUAUUUUAAUGUGUUCGUGCUUUUAGUUGUUAGGAUUUUUUGUUAAAGAAUUGUGAUAUUUUAUACAAUGGCUUCUGCUGGAACAAUGUCAAAUAAUGUUGAGAACCUCUCCCCACAAAUAAUAAGAGGGGUUGUAAGAGAAAUGCAGGAUCUAGUCAAUAACCCUCCAGAGGGAAUCAAAGUUCAAAUUAACGAGGAAGAUGUAACAGAUAUACAAGCUUUUAUUGAUGGCCCCGCAGGUACCCCAUAUUGUGGAGGCGUGUUCAAAGUAAAACUAACACUCGGUAAAGGUUUUCCACAGGAACCUCCCAAAGCUCAUUUUUUGACAAAGAUUUUCCAUCCGAAUGUAGCUCCAAAUGGGGAAAUUUGUGUCAAUACUCUCAAAAAGGACUGGAAAUCAGACCUCGGAAUUAAACAUAUACUAUUGACUGUGAAGUGUCUUCUAAUUGUACCAAAUGCCGAGUCUGCCCUUAAUGAAGAAGCAGGCAAACUCCUUUUAGAACAUUAUGAUGAUUAUUCUCAAAGGGCAAAGAUGAUGACAGAAAUUCAUGCACAGCAACACAAAAGCAAAGGUAUAGCAGGAGAUGGCCCCCUAGCGAAGAAACAUGCCGGUGACAAAAAACUAACAGCCGAAAAGAAAAAAAUACUUAAAGACAAAAAGAGAACUUUAAAGCGUUUAUGAGGUUAUGUGGAGUUGACUGUAUGAUUUGAAUCGUUUAAGAUUUGUUCAGUUCAUUUAUAUUUUUGAAAUAUUUUAAUUUUUUACAGUUAGUGCUAUUUUAAAACUUCGACGUAUUGAUUUACAUCUUAUAUUUGCGCAUACCUAAGUAGAUUUUGAUGUUAAUACUGAAGAUCUACGAUAUCUUGUAUACCUAUACUUGAUAAACCUAGGUUUCUUGAAGUUUUCUUCAUACGUUUCUAUCCUGCCCUUAUUCGAUCAGUUUACUUUUACACGUAAUAUAAUCAUCUUUUUGUCAGUUUACCUUCAUUUUUAUAAUCUUUUUUGAUUAGCAACUCAUUUUAUAAAUCUUUUUUGAUUAAAAACGUUGUGUGUUGCUUCGUUCAUUAUUUAGUUUCGGCUAUUCGCUUUAAGAUGUACCUCAUAAUUUUUCUUCGUUUUAUUGAUGUCUCUCCUUAAUCCAAAGAUAGCACUUACUCUAAGUUUCUCUGUUCUAUCUUUGUAGUAGAGUUUGGUUCAAACGUGUUCAGUGAUUUACGUGUUCACACACAAAUCGAGUAUAUUUGUAGUGUUUGUUCCUAAUUAAGUCAAAUAAAACCAAUCGUUUAAGGCGUGGUUUCAUACGAGGCUUCGUCAGCGGAAACCGAAGGCACUUAAUUUCGGUUCAAAUUCAGUGUGACUGCUUAUAUGGUGGCAGUCUCUUGAGUUCCGCUGCGGUUAGCAGCAGAAAAUUCCAUUGACUUUUCGGUUUGCGUUGUCGAUCAUGAUCAGUCACAGGUAUAUUUCGACGAAAUCAGAAUUGGUGUUCAAUAUCACAAACAGUGCGUGCGUUUGUCCAAGCUUGAAGAAGAAUGAGUUAAAUUUGUUCACCUAUAGACUUGUUGGAUUGAUGACAGUUGGUUCUGGCCAAUUGGUUCAAACCAAGGUCAUACAUCUAAACACACACAUGACAGUAAUUCAUUGACUUUGUCAAACAAAAACCUGUUCUUUAUAACGCAAAUUAAACAAAUACAAAUAUACAGGGUGUUUCAUUAAUAAUUGUCCAUAUAGUAACUGGAGAAACCUUAGCACAAAAUACAAAGAUUUAACCUAAAGCACUUAAAUAAAAUGUGGUUCCGUACUGAGUUACAGGGUGUUUUAUUUAAAAAUUUAAAAACUAUUUUUGCUCAGCAUUUUAAAACUAUUCGACGUAUCAUUUUCAUACUUGGCAGGAAGUAUAGGUACUGUACAAACUACUAAAUUAUGUUAAACAAACGUUUCUGUCUAUUACCAGAGGCGUACGACGGGGGAAAGUGAAUGGUUGACCCUUUAGAAAUUCUACGGCACUGGCGGAAUUGCUAUUUUAGUUCAGUUUUUGGAUUCUCCAAUACUUUUUAUGAAAAUAAUAUACUCUUCAUUCGUAACGAUAAAAUCAUUAGUUUUCGAGAUCUUUGAAGUUAAAAAUGAAACGACACAGUUAUUUUGAUUAAUGUAUUGUGUCGCGUCAUUUUUAAUUUCAAAUAUCUCGAAAACUAAUCAUUUUAUCGUUACGAAUGAACACUAUAUUAUUUAUAUAAAAAGUAUUGAAAAAUUAAAAAAUUACACUAAAAUACUAUCCCCUGUCGUACGCCUCUGGUAGUAGCUAGAAACGUUUAUUUAUCUUAAUUUAGUAGGGUGUACAGUACCUGCACUUUCUGCCAAGUAUCAAGUCAAGUCAAGUCAAAUUUAUUCAUCACAUGCGACAUUAUACAAAGUACAUGUAUGAGACAAGUCAAAGAUACAGACAUACAUCUUAAAAGUAUAUAAAUUAAUAAAUACGACAAAACAUACUUAAAAGUUAUUUUUAGAAUAUGGCUCUAGCUCACAAAUGUAUUGAUGUACACACCUCCGAAAGUUUGGCUGAUGUAAAUUCAUUCGUAUAUCUAUUGGCAAUUUGUUAAAGAAACUUAUGGCUGCAUAAUGUGUGCUACCUUCCAACAAAAAGAACGAUGUUGUGGAAGCAUAAAGUGAUAAGAAUACGCCAAAAACUUUUAAAGUACUGGGUACAAAUAACUUUUAAAUUUUAAUCAUAUGAAUCAUAUCAUAAAUUAAUUAAAAUAACUGUGCCGUUUCAUAUUUAACUUCAAAUAUCUCGAAAACUAAUGACUUUAUCGUUACCAAUGAGCUAUUAUUUACGUAGAAAGUAUUGGAGAAUCUAAAAAUGACAAGGGUCAACCAGUCACUAUCCCCUGUCGUACGCCUCUGAUAGUAGCUAGAAACGUUUGUUUAUCAUAAUUUAGUAAGGUGUAUAAUAGUCGCACUUUCUGCCAAGUAUGAAAAUGAUACGUCGAAUAGUUUUAAAAUGCUGAGCAAAAAUAGUUUUUAAAUUUUUAGAUAAAUCACCCUGUAACUCAGUAAGGAACCACAUUUUAUUUAAGUGUUUUAGGUUAAAUCUUUGUAUUUUGUGCUAAGGUUUCUCCAGUUAGUAUAUGGACAAUUAUUAAUGAAACACCCUGUAUCUAAAAAAAACACGGGAAUGUCCGGGAACAUUCCGGAUGAAACCGGAAUGUCUUGUCUGUCUGUCUUUCGCGGAUAUACGUGUAUAAGUCACUGUUUACGUUUUAAACUAGUUCACAAGGAGAAAGAGCGUUUGUUUAUUACGAGGGCGGAAUCAUAGAGCUUUGCGCUACUGUUUUUGUUGAGCUAGUCAUCACUGAGAGAGGAGAACAGCAUGUGUGAGAAUCAAAAUAAAAGAGAUUCGCGUCUGCUCACUUCGAAAGAAGACAGCAGAGAGAGUCGUUGUAUUUUCGCGGGGUAACUAGUGGUUAUUACUAAUAGAGUAGAGAACAGUGUCUUCCCUUCGAGAGGCAAAACCAGAGAUAGUUUUUCGUUUGUAUUGUUCAAAAAUUUCUAAAGGACUGGUGUAGAGUCAGUAGUAGUAAUUAUUAAUAAGGGAUGGAUUAAGUAAUAAUUAUUUAGGAUUUGAUACAGUGAAAAAUAUAUUAUUUUUCGCAUGUGAACAAUAUAACACCUACCUUUAGUGUACCACUUUUAUCAGCAUGAAUUAAUAUACACUCCGCCAAAAAAGUAUCGCAUCACCUUAAAAUUGGGACAUUUUUAAUGUCUCAUAUUUCCUAAACCUAUUGUUCGAUUUGAGUGAUAUUUUUAAUAUGUUAUAGCUUUAUUCUUCACGAAUAUCGAUGUAAUAAUAUUGUUGCUAAACAGAUAAGUGUCAUUGUAUACCGGGUGUAACAAUGAUAGUGUGUUUUUUUCUCAAAGUUUGGAACAUCCUGUGGAAUAUUCUAGCGUAUAUAAAAUAUUGAAAUUAAAACUAAACUGUAACCUUAGGCCAUCUAAACAUUUUGCUUUUUGAUUCAUUCGCUUAUGUUGGAUAAUAAAAAAGUUAGGUACUUUAACAACUAGAAAUGCUCUUCAUCAAUACAGGGUGUUUCUAAAUAAGUGCGACAAACUUUAAGGGGUAAUUCUACAUGAAAAAAUAAUGACCGUUUACUUUAUAAACAUGUGUCCGCAAAUGCUUCGUUUCCGAAUUACGUGAUGUUGAAUUUUUUCUUACAAACUGACGAUUUAUUUAUUGCUCUAAAAUCGGUUGAGAUAUGCAAAUGAAAUUUGGUAGGUUUUAAGAGGUAGUUAUUGCGCAUUUUUUGACGUACAAUUAAGAAUUUUAUAUUCACCAUUGGCAUAUUACCCGGUCAUAUUACCCGUAUGCACGCCAAUGGUGAAUAUAAAAUUCUCAAUUGUAUGCCAAGAAAUGCGCAAUAACUACCUCUUAAAACCUACCAAAUUUAAUUUGCAUAUCUCAACCGGUUUUAGAGCAAUAAAUAAAUCGUCAGUUUGUAAGAAAAAAUUCAGCAUCCCGUAUCUCGGAAAUGAAGCUUUUGCGGACAUAUGUGUAUAAAGCAAACUGUCAUUAUUUUUUCAUGCAGAAUUACCCCUUAAAGUUUGUCGCACUUAUUUAGAAAACCCUGUAUUGGAACGUUGCUAGUUGUUAAAGUACCUAACUUUUUUAUUAUCCAACAUAAGCGAAUGAAUCAAAAAGCAAAAUGUUUAGAUGGCCUAAGGUUACAGUUGAGUUUUAAUUUCAAUAUUUUAUAUACGCUAGAAUAUUCCACAGGGUGUUCCAAACUUUGAGGAAAAAACACAUUAUCAUUGUUACACCCGGUAUACAAUGACACUUAUCUGUUUAGCAACAAUAUUAUUACAUCGAUAUUCUUGAAGAAUAAAGCUAUAACAUAUUAAAAAAAUCACUAAAUUUUUAGGAAAAUAUGAGACAUUAAAAAUGUCCCAUUUUUAAGGUGAUGCGAUACUUUUUUGGCGGAGUGUACAUAAUCAGUUAUAUUUUAAUAAAUAAUGCGUUAUUCUUCCAAACCUUCUGACAAUUAUUGAAAUUUUGAAUGUAUAUAUUUAGACUAGUAACCUCAAAAUGAUCUUCCUCAAAACAAUGAUACUAUCCUCCUAAACAAUUAAUGAUGUAGAACAAAAUCUACUUUGGUAUGUGUUCGAUACAAUUUACUGAUUUGUAAUAAAAAUUACUUGAAAAUGGACAAAUAUGUUUCAUAUUGAUUUUCUUGCAUUUUAGCAAUAUAUAAUUUCAUUUUGUAUAUCUACUUGUAAUAUUUUUAUACAGUUAAUUUUAGUGUUUUAGGUAAUUCAAUAUGUUCUUUAUAUUGUUUUUAUAUUACAAUUUUAACUUACAUGCAGGGUUUGUCAAAAUCGUUGAAAUAGUGACAAAGUGUGAAUAUGCCAUAUGAGUAUGACGUCAUGCCAUUUUAGGUUUAUUGUUUUAUAUUUCUAUUUUGCAGCAGUUAAUUGUAAACUCUCAAACAUUUCGGAUUAGGUAUUUCGUUAAUUUUGGAACUUUUACUAUUACUAGAACUUUUAAUCUGAGGUCUUUAUAUAUUUUAAGUUAACGUUCUGUAAAGAACUGAACUUUUUACUAAGACAUACGCAUUCAAAUGCCUCUUAGAAAUCGAAAAAGCAUAUGAAAACAUCCUUUUUUUGGUCGUAACACUUCUGUAACAUUGUAUUCAUGGGCCAUACAUUCUUGAAGAAGAAUUGGCAGAUGACACGGGAUAUUUUCAUGCAUAGACAUAUAAUAUCUAGGGUACAUUCCAUGUCAAAUCAGUCAGGCAAAAAAUUUUGGAUCUCCGAUUUGUCUGAAAAUUGGUAUAUAGCUUCUGCGGGACGUAAAAAUAAGAUAUUUAAGGUCAAAAAAUCUUCUUCUUUUUUUUUCUCAAAAUGUUAUUUUAUGCGAUUUUACAGUGAUUUGGUGUUUAUUUAAACAAAUUUGCAUUUUCUGUCGUAAAGUAUCAAUGAAAAAUAUAAAAUUUUAAUAGAAAAGACUCAAAAAUGUCAUUAUAUGGCAUUAUAACAAGUUAUUUUGAAUCAAAGCAAGUUUUUGAUCAAAUUUUAUAGUGUAAAAAACGUUAAAAUACCGUUUUUUACAUUUUCCUCCAUUCCUAAAAUACAUCAUCAUCGAUUUGGCUGAAAAUUUGCCAACAGAUAGCCAAAAGAUAGGACUUUAAGUGGUUAGAAGGAUUUGACUUAUAACACCAAAAAAGUUACAUGCACUAAUAUCAGACUCAAAAGUAUAUAUUAGUCCAGUCGGGAUAGCAUUUGACCUUGAAUGCCGAGCUGCCCAAAAUUUUAUUUUUCUGAUCUUUAGGGGAGUCAAUAGUAGCCUAAAUUUAAAAUCACGAAUGAAUUCCUCCGUUACGUUAGCCGCUAUCUUGAUUUUAAAGGAGAACCUGUUUUGCUCAAUAUCUCCGCCAUUUUUAACUUUUCGACAAAAAUGGUAGGAACUGAAAUUGUUCCAAAUAAAUCGUAUUUACAAUUAUUACAAUUUCUUUUUAACAAUUUUUGUCGUGAGGUCGAUAUUUUCGACUUACAGUAGACGCCUAUAUUUUUGACUAUAAUAUUGCAUGUAACUUUUUUGGUAUUUUAGAAAGAAUAGCAAUUAGCAGAAGCUAUAUACCAAUUUUCUGACAAAUCGGAGGUCCAAAAUUUUUUUGCUCCAAAAUUGAGUGAUUUGAAAUGGAAUGACCACUAGACUGCGCGCUGCAAUCUGAAAUUGUUCCUCCAGUGCGACAAAGAAAAAUGUUUGGCACGUGGUAGAUAGACUCUGCCUAUUGGCCGAUAGAAAGAGAUGCUUACCUUGUUUACAAACAGUUUUCUCUGUCUCACUGAGGGAAUAGUUUCAAAUUGCAGCGCGCAGUCAAGGCAUUAUUUAUAUAUCUAUGUUUUCAUGUUGAUUUCAGAGCGGGUAUAUUUAAAAAGGGCGUGGUUCUUUUGUUAUUGGCACAGAACAUUUUUCCAUGCUCAACCGUCAAAAUCUGUGCCAAAUGCCUGUAAUUAACGGCAAAAAUAAAAGCAGAUCCGUACUCAACAAAAUAAUUUUUUGCUUUUAUUUGGUUUCACAUUUGCUAAAAAAUAAUAUUCUAAAAAGGCUGAUGUGGCAUAAUAUUACUUUUUUUGUAUGAAGGCUUUUUUUACUUAUUGUACUACAUUUUGAUUUUAAAAAUUGUUAAUUCAUAGCACAAUUUUUACGAACGUUUCGGCAAUGGCCAUCCUCAGUGCCACAUAUUUUUUAAAAUAAUAAAUCGUGGUAAAAAUAAAUAGUUCUUAAAACAAGUAUGGAUUCAGUUAGCUCCAUUUUCUCUUUUUGAAAAGUAUGUUAUCUAUUACAAAAAAGGAUGUUUAUUAUUAUUUUGUACAAAAAUCCAACUGUAGAUCUGUUAUCGAAAUAUUUGAGAAAAAUACUGUUUUGAAUUAACAAAAAACACGGACAAACCAAGGUCUUUAACCUACGGUUACUGCUAUAUUAUGAUUUUAUAACAUGAUUUCAUUAAAAAGUUUAGUUAAAGGUGCAUUUUUGUUUGGUUUGACAAACCUUUUGUGAAUAAACUAGGGUGAGCGUAUUCAAAUUAUGUUUUUUUAAAUCUUUUAUGCGUGUCAUGGAUGUAUAGUUUAUUAAGAAUAUAUUACUUGAUCACAUACAAUGCGUGUGCCUAUUGGUACCCAUAUAAUACAUAUAAUAGAUGGUGCCCAUAAAUCUGUUGCAUCGACGAUUUUUUUUAAAUGAAAUUUAAAUUUGGACCUUUCGUGUUUUGAAUCCCAACCUUGAUUGAACCUUGAAUGGAAAUUAAGAAGAUCAAACUCACCUAUUUGUGACAGUUUUUCCGAGAUUUGUUAACUUCAGAUGGAGUAAGAUAUUCCCCAUAAGGCAUUUCGCUCAUUAUCAGGAUAUUUAUUGUUAAAGACAAGAAAAAAUACACAAUUACCUUGCAGUCUCGUGGGUUAGUCCAGUCGAACCCGCUUAUUGGAAUAGCCUUCGUGACAAGCAAAAUGAUUCCUAUAACCAGAAUAUUCUAAUAACCGAUCAUUUGUGGCUAGUAGAAAGGUUUCGGGAUCUGAAAUUUCUAUUCCUUAAACCGGGAUAUUCCGGUAUUCUAAUAAGCAGGUUCGACUGUACAACGUAAGCAACCGUGGAUUUCAUUCCAACUCACGAGUUAGUUUGACAUGCCUGAAAUAUGUCUUCAUCUAUGUAUGAUGAUUAAAUUACUAACUAAAGUUAGUCUCCUGAAAUAUGUCUUCAUCUGUGAUGAGUAAAUCACUAACAGGUGGCAAACGUUUUGAUUUGUUUUUUGGCAGGUUUGCCAUCUGCCAAAAUGAAUCAAUUUUUUUUAAAUUUAUAAAACACAAAUACUCUUUCUAGAUACAUUUAAAAUUCUAAUAGCAAAUCAGACCAAUUGAGAGAUGCUGAGGCGUACAUGAUAGCUUUAAAUAGCAUAGAUACUCGAGCAAGGUCAUCACUGAUCAACCGGAGUGAUAGGAUAUUGGACUUACACUAGUUCCAGCAAUAUAAUGACGGCUGCAGUUGUAGACAAAACGUCAGGAAGAAACUGAAUUGUAGACUACGUCUAUAAUCCCUAAUUUAAUGCAAAAUUUUAAAAAAUCCACAAGGAAAAAGUUUUUCUGUAGUUGGCUGUAUACCAUGUAAUACAAAAAAAGUAAAAUCCUGUAUAAAAGGUAUAUUUAAAAUCUCUCAAAAGGGCCACAUCAAAAUCACAUAACUAGUUUUCGACUGGUUUACCAGUCAUCAGUGCUUACCUAAAAUGAAUAUCACCUGAUAAAAUAAUGCAAAGAUAUUGACAUUUUGACUACGGUUAAAAAAUUAUCGGUUAUACUCACGUGGAAUGUACAUGCUAACCACCAAGAUAUUAUUUAAGAAAAAUAUGUGGCAUGUGGGUCAAAGCCCAGUAAAAGUAGUCCGUCAAGGAUACAUUGGUUUAAAAUGUUUCAUUAAGCGUGGUUAUUUAAAAUAUUUUGCUAAUCUGCCCCAGGUAACAUCUGAGCUGUGGAUUUGACUUGUUCACAUGUUGAAAGUAUGACUGCAAGUGACAAUGAAAUGGAUAGAGAGCUCCGAACGAUGACAAGACAGAAAUGACAGUUCCACAGGAAGUUGAAAAUUAACCUGUCAUAUUUAAAGACUAUGGUGUACAGCUUGUUAAAAUUAGAAGUGAUGUAACAACACACUCCAUUGUGAAAGUUAUCAUUUAAAAUUCAUUAAACUAGUUGUUAUAGUUAAAAAUGUACAGUAAAACCUCCGUUAACCAAAAUAAUUGGGGGGUAGGCCGUUUCAGAUAACAAAAAUUUCGGUUAAAAAUAACAUUGUUUUUUGUAUUCUUGGUCAAAGGUAUUCUUGGUCAAAGUUGGUGUUAAAAAAUACUAUGAGGUGAUUUCAUAAUGUGUUGCAUAUUUAAUUGCGUUCUUUAGUUGUAUAAAAGCAAUGUUGACGAUGUUGACAAAUUAACAUCAUAUUGUUUCCGUUCUACGAUAAAAAUUUUCUUUUAUUGCCGAAAAACUGUCAGCCGUUUAGGUUAAACGAUGUUUCGGUUAAAAAAGUUUGGGUUAACGGAGGUUUUACUGUAUUCACGUAAACUGUAAGUGGAGUUAUUUAGGCAAACCACAUUACACAAAAGUUUUGUAUUCGAGAACUAAAUUCAGUAAUCAAAUUUGCCUUUUUAAAUCUUAGAUCUCUUGAUAAUAAGAUUUGUUUACUGAAUUUAGUUCUCGAAUACAAAACUUUUGUGUAAUGUAGUUUGCCCAACUAACUCCACUUACAGUUUACGUGAAUACAUUUUUAACUAUAACAACUAGUUUAAUGAAUUUUAAAUGAUAAUUUUCACAAUGGAGUGUGUUGUUACAUCAUUUCUAAUUUUAACAAGCUGUACACCAUAGUCUUUAAAUAUGACAGGUAAAUUUUCAACUUCCUGUGGAACUGUCAUUUCUGUCUUGUCAUCAUUCGGAGGUCUCUAUCCAUUUCAUUGUCACUUGCCGUCAUACUUUCAACACGUGAACAAGUCAAAUCCAUAGCUCAGAUUAGCAAAUAUUUUAAACAUCCACGCUUAAUGUAGCAUUUUAAACCAAUGUUUCCUUGACGGACUACUUUUACUGGGCUUACCGUAGUCAAAAUUUCAAUAUCUUUGCAUUAUUUUAUCAGGUUAUAUUCAUUUUAGGUAAGCACUGAUGAUGACUGGUAAACCAGUCGAAAACUAGUUAUGUGAUUUUGAUGUGGCCUUUUUGAGGGAUUUGAAAUAUACCUUUUAUACAGGAUUUUACUGUUUUUUUUUAAUUUUAAAACAUCUUUCUACACGAAAUGCUUAUUUUAUGCUUUAUAUCUAAAUUGAAACAUAAUUAUAAUUCUUUACAAAAAUAAAUUAAUUAAAUCUUCACAAAUUUUCACACGUUAAAACAGCAAUUUACUCUAAAUAAAUAUCCUUCACCUAAAAAUCACAUAUAAAGAAACGACUGUGCAUUCAUGACUAAAAAGUAAUGGUACCGACAGUUCUGUCUUUAAUAAGAAAUAAACUACCUGAGUUAAUGAUAUUAUUCCACAAUUUUAAUUACCUACCACAAUAACCUCACCUACAAUAAUAUACAAUAGACAAGUAUAGUUGUGUAAUGCACUUUGGUAUAUCUUCGCGAAGACUUUACGGAGUUUUCAGAAUGUGUCAGUUUUUUAUAUAAAAUAUGUAAUGUGAAGAUUAACUUAAGAACCAUAAAAAUGUAUAAACAUGUAUGAUCAAGUACUAUAUUUAAAUAUAGACAAUUUUCUGGAAAUUAAGUGGUCUCUAAAACACGACUUCGACUACUUUUUUUAUCUAAAAUGUAAAUAAUUAUAUAAUUUGUUGUAAAAUAUAGGUAUAUUCAUUAUCAGCGUGUAAGAAUAAUGUCCUUAGGAAAAACCGUUUAUGUAUAGUUUAAAAUUUGGAGGGAAAUGACAAGAGCUAUGCUGUAUUAAUCACUUUUGCGCAUGGCUUAUUCUCAUCACUAAUUUAUCUAUCAUAGUUGUUCUUGAUUUCUAAGACGUAAUAGCUAUUUGUAUAACAAGGGAGGAAAGUGCUACUUUUCCUCCCGAGAAUGAAGUUUACUGCCCGACGCGUAGCGGCGAAUGAAGUUUACUGUCAAAUAUAAGUCAAAUUAAUAAUGUAAACAUUGUUAAAUCAAAAUAACAAUUUACUGUUUUUUACCAUUCUGCAAAAUACAGAGUGUUUUAUAAAUAAACGUUAAAAUGUACAGAAACUUACGUAAUAGAAAAUAGAUAUUGUACAGGGCGUCAAUAAGUUACAUUUCAUGAAUGAAAUACCAUGACGUCACUUUUACUUUUCCUCCCUAGGGAGGAAAAGUACAACUUUGCUCCCUACAAUCAGGUCCGGAAAAGUAUACUUUCGGUAGAGGUAGGAAAAAUACUUUUCCGUACGUCCAUAGUCCAUCCUCAAAUGAACUCGUCGGAGAUCUCGGCGUUUAGCCACAGUUUUUAACUGUGGUCUGGCCAAUGGAUACUCACAUAUUAGCCUCGCCAUAUGUAUUAAUUCGCUCACUAGUCGCUGUUCUAAGCCUUGCUGUUGUAGGUGACAAUUUAAUAUGGCCUUGUACUACUUCUGGACGUGCGCUAGUUGUUGUUGCACCUGUAUCCACCAAAAAGAUCUACAUCUAUUAUUGAUACGAUACUCGAUGUAUAAGUUAUGCAUUCCACCGGAAGACGUAAUGUUAACGGUUACUAUGAGGGCUCUAGUUCUCGAAGUCGACAGUUGCCCCUUGGUGUCGGCCCGCUCUAGUUUUCCGACUGUUGUACGAUCUUAAUUAUACAUAUUGGCAAUAGUCAAUGGAUUUUGUGAAAAUGCUAAAACAGGUCAUUUUUUAUUUCAAAGGAUUUGUUCCGGAACCAUUAGUUCCGUGUAUGUAGGCUCACUCAGAGAGCGAUAUGAUAUAAUAUAAUAGACAUAUAUUAUAGUAUAGCUCUCCGUGCAUGACAGCUUUAAAAUCAGCUGUAGACGCAGUACUACCAUACCGAUGUAACGUGACACAGGGUAGCAAACAAAAUUUCAACCAAUCACGUGCUGAAUUACAUACAAUUUUCGGUAAAAGAACUUGCAUAGUGUCAUACAUAGCACAAAUGUGCGUGCAAGAAACGAUACAAGAAAAUGUAUAUAACUUUCUAAUAUCAGAAACGAUAUAAAAAUGAUACAAGAAAAUGCAUAGUGUCAUAUGGCCUUUAGGUUGUGAAUCAAGCAUGUUAAAAUGCACCCAAUUAGUCAACGACAACUGAAUGUUUUAAACUUUUUGACAGCUGGUCAUAUUUGCUUAUUGUCUGAAUUAAUAAAAUUAGUUUAAUUUAUGUGGAAUUAAAAUAUUAAAAUACAACAAAAUAUAGAGUAAGAAAAUAAUAUGUUAGAUGAAGAUUGGUAAAAUUUUGUUGGAAAUCAAAUUGUGUAAAUCGAAACACUACCUACUACAUUUUGCAUUUUCCAAAUAGGUAUAUAGUUUUUUAUUACAUACAAUACUAAAAGAUUUACAGUUAAGUACCUGUUGCUUUUAAAAACUAUUUAAAAAGUCUGUACAAUUAUAAACUUACUUUUGUCUCUGUUCUCACAACAAUAGAAACUAAAACAACAUUUGUUUACCCACAGCCGCCAUAUUGAAUAAUUUUUGACAGGUCAUUGGAAUGCCCAAUCAGAGCAAACGUAUAACGUAUCCGCUGUCAUUCAUCUGCGCGUAGGGCUAAAAAUUUUUGAUGAAUUCGUGCACAUUUACUCGCGCCUAAAGAACUAUAGCUUCAAAAAUGUGUUGUCUUUUCUAAGUUUUUUAUCUGUUUUUAAGUGUACAGAUUUAUUAAACCGAAGUUGUGAUUAUUAAUUGUGACAUAUAUCGUUUCACUCCUUCUACAGAGAUAUUUUUAAGGCUGAUAUUACAGUUUUCUGAGAAAAGAGAUCACUUGUAUUUUGUUGGUGAGAUAAACACAAAAAUGAAAUUUUUUGAGUUAAUACACUUCUGAACAGGAUGUGCGAUUUGUGGAAGUGUUUCGAAAAGAUAAAAUUUUUGAAAUUCUCACUUUUCUCUGCAUUUCCCAUAUUAAAAAAAAAUGUUUGGAAUAAUAUUAAGUUUCAAAAAACUCAUACAGAAGUAAAAACUUCAAGUUGUAUAUUGGUAUAAAAUCGUUUAUUAAAAAACUUCAUAAAAUGCCAUCUAAAUGGAUUGCAAAACGUUUUCGUUCUAAUUCAGAACAUCUUCAGUGCAUUCUGCUGAGUAAUUGGAACUAGCACACUAUUUAAAGUGGUAACUUCAUAACCUUCAUUUUAUGAAGUUUUUUAAUAAACGAUUUUAUACCAAUAUACAACUUGAAGUUUUGACUUCUGUAUGAGUUUUUUAAACUAUGGUAUACAGCCAACUAUUGGGAUUUUCCCAUUGAUUUCAAUAUUAAGUUUAGUUAUUAACGAUAAUUAAAAUAUUGUUAAAAGUAGUCGAGUUUUAGGGGCCACUGUACAAAGAAUGUAACUGAGACUUGUACAUAAUAAUAAUAUUAUUUAUGAUUAAUUUUCUUUAGGUGUAGCACGAGGCACCACAGUGCAAUCUAUCGUUUUAUUUAUUUCACGGUUUUUAUCAACUUUAGAAUGUGUUUUUGUGUAGUUUGUGAAGUUAUUUAUUAAUAAAUUUAUUACUCUGUCGAA